AUGGAAUUAUGUCACAAACAAGAAAAAUGUGUUAUUCAGUUUCAAAUUUAUAAUUGUAUUAUUGAUAAAAGAAAAGAAGAUUAUUAUGCACUUGUUAGAAUUAAUACAAAAGUAUUUAAAGUUAUUAUUCCAAUGGAAAAUUAUUGGUAUAACGCAUUUUUAUAUGAAAUUCCUUUUAAUGAAGUACCAAAUGGAUUUACUAUAUCAUUUUGUACUACUCAUGAUGAGUGUGUAGGAAAUACUUAUAUUAAGCUAAUUCCACAUCACUCUUUAACAAAAAAAUACCCAAUUCAAACACAAAGCAUUGUUGGUGAAACAUUAAUUUAUUCAUCUGUUUAUAUUACAAAUACAACAAAGAUUCAAUCAUUGUCAUUAUUUAAAAAUGGAAUUCUUAAAUGGAGAAAAGGAAUAAUACCAAAUACGACUAUUAAAGUUAUUAAAUCAAAUUGUAUUUGUCCUAUAUUUGAUGGAAAUCAAUAUCAUAUUAUUUAUAAUCAAAUGGAUACAACUCUUCAAAUUACUAUGAAUCAACCAUAUUAUCAUCUUUGUUAUUAUUUCAUUCAUAACCAAUCAUUACCUUCUUACACAUCUUUACAUAUUCCUUCAAUUUUACUUAAUUCUCUUGGUCCAACUCAACUUAUUGGACUUUUUUUAGCUUUGUUAAUAAAUAAAAGAAUUAUUUUAACAUCUAAAUGUACUACAACAGUCGUUUUUGCAUUACUACAACUAUUAGACUUUAUUGUUCCAUUUGAAUAUACUUCAUUUUGUAAAGCUCCUUGCACAUUAGAUGAAAUAACUACAUUAUCUUCUUAUUUUAUUGGAGUAGUAUCAACUGAAUCUAUCAUUCGUCCAGGAGUUAUAUCUGUUGACUUAGAUAAAGGAAUUAUUUAUGGUCCUUUCAUCAAUAUACCUCCAUCUGUUACUUCAUCCCUUCUUUCUAACAUAGGUCAUUUAAGGGUAAAAAAAGAUUCUCGUUAUUUUAUAGCUUUUAGAUGGUUUAUGGCACAGUUAUUGAUUAACGCAAAAUCGUGUUUAGCAUACAGUUGGAUAUCUGAUUGUCCCAAAGUUUUUUUUGAUAAAUAUUCAUGGUUAUUAUCACUACCUGAAGAUUGGUUUGAAUUUGGAUUAACUCUUAGUAAAACGCCAAUGUUUUGUCAAUAUUUAUAUAAAAAUAAUGGAGAGUUUAAUGAAUGGAUUAGCAUUUAUGAAGGAUAUUCAUUUGAUGAGAUAUGUUCAAAAAUUGAUUCUUUAUCUUAUUCAAUUCAUAUAGGAAAAAAAGGUAUUUCUCAAAGUAUUGAUUGGAUUGCUUCAGCAUUUAAGACAGUAAAUAUUGACAAAGUAAAAUGUUAUUUAAAUAUUCCUCCAACACUAGAGAAUAAAAGAAAAAUACCAAAUAAUAAUACUAUUAAUGAAGUUGAAUGGAUUUAUAAACCUAAUACAAUGUCUUCAACAAAAUUCAAUGAUACAAUUAAAUCACAAAGAGGAAGAAUUUCUAUCUGUUAUUCACUCGAACAACUUGCUCAUCAAACAUGGUUAAUAGAACAAGCCAGAUUUGAAACACUUAGUAAAAUUAUUAUUGAAUUAAGUGAUGUUUGUUUAAAGGAAAAUGAUGAUGAGACAUUAGCAUGGGUUAUUGACAUAAGUGAUAAAAUAGCAAUUGCUUCUGGACAAAAACUUAUUACUAAAUUACGUAAAAUUCCAAUAAAAAUUGAAGUAUGGAAACUUAUAUUAGAAAGAAGAUUAAAAGAAAGUAAAAAGGAAAUUUAUGAAGAACCUAAUCAAAUGGUUUUAAAUUAUAAUUCAAUUCAAAUAGAAUUAAAGAAUAAAAUGAAAGACCUUGAAAUUUUAAUGGCAACUUCUAUUUUAAAUGGUAUUAUUUCAUUAAUGGAGUUUUUUGGACUAAAAAGUAAAGUAUUAGAAGCCUUUACAGAUGAAAUUACAAAAUAUAUUCCAUUUGGAAAUUUAAUUCAAACCCACUAG